CUCCUCCUCGUCUUCUCAGGCCUCUGAGCGUAACAGCAACGCCGCGCCGCGGCUCUGAUCAGGAAGUGAAUUUGGAGAAAAUAGGCGACAGUGGAGGUAGGAUGACAUAGAGAGAAGAGCUGGGAAAGAAGAAGCGAUCCAAGCCUGAUUCUGGACGUGCUUGCAGCGGAGUCUUCUGGAUCAGAACCUCCCGGAGCCACACAACUAAAAAAAAAAAAUGCUGAUAAAGGAAUAUCGAGUGAUUCUACCCAUCUCUGUGGAAGAAUACCAGGUUGGCCAACUGUACUCAGUGGCUGAAGCCAGCAAGAAUGAGACGGGUGGAGGUGAAGGAGUGGAGGUGCUAAAAAAUGAGCCCUAUGAGAAAGAAGGGGAGAAGGGGCAGUACACACACAAAAUCUACCAUUUGCAAAGUAAAGUGCCGUCCUUUGUCAGAAUGUUGGCUCCUUCUUCGGCUCUCAACAUUCACGAGAAGGCCUGGAACGCGUAUCCAUACUGUCGCACAGUUAUCACAAACGAGUACAUGAAAGAUAACUUCCUGAUCAAGAUCGAGACAUGGCACAAACCUGACAUGGGUCACCAGGAAAACGUACACGGUUUGGAUGCGGAAACCUGGAAGAAGGUGGAUGUAGUCUAUAUUGACAUCGCCGACAGAAGUCAAGUAGAGCCAAAGGACUACAAACCAGAAGAGGAUCCCUGCAAGUUUAAGUCAACAAAGACAGCCCGAGGGCCUCUUGGACCAGACUGGAAGAAGGAGCUUCCCAACAAGAAAGACUGCCCUCACAUGUGUGCCUACAAACUGGUCACUGUCAAAUUCAAGUGGUGGGGCCUGCAAAAUAAAGUAGAGAACUUCAUUCAAAAGCAAGAGAAGCGCUUGUUCACUAAUUUUCACCGUCAGCUGUUCUGCUGGAUCGACAAGUGGAUCGAACUGAACAUGGAAGACAUCCGCCGCAUGGAGGAGGAGACACGCAAGGAGCUGGACGAGAUGAGGGUAAAAGACCCAGUGAAAGGGAUGGUGGCUUUAGAGGACUGAGCUUGUGUUGGACCGUGAACGCUGCUGCAGAUCCGACCAGAAUACCCAGACACCAGCGGAUUCACAUCCUCCUUUAUCUCAACUGUCUCAACAUCUGACUGGCUGCUCCAAAACCCACCUCCAGCUGUAGAAUCUGGUAUUCGAGGAUCUGGACCCAACACCCUCCCAGUAUUCAGCAGAUCUCUUCCACUUCCAUCCUUCCAUCCUUAAGGCCCAUCUGUUCUUUACUUGAUUUGUGUCCAAAUGUAUACUCUGAUGCCUUCGGCAUAGAUCUUGUCAGUUGUUCCUCUUCUUCUCUCUCUGCUUAUCCUGAACUACAGAGAAUAGUAUAAUUUAUCUACUUGAGAUAUACAAACAGUGUAUAUAAAUAUAUAGUUUAAGAGGGGAGGGGAAUUGUAUGCACACACACACAGAUACACAAAGCAAUUUUUAAAUCACGUUCUAUAGGUUUAUUUGUAUGUUUCUUCUCAUUUCCUCUUUUUUGUCCAGAUUUUGUUAUUCUUUUGUGUGAGUGUGUGUCUGUGUGUGCUCGUAGUACGCAGGAUUUGAGUUUUGCUUUUCAAAAUCAAUUCCCGAGCUUAGAAACUGCUCGACGCUUCUGUUCUGACCGAGCAGAAAGGAAAUCCUCUCCUCUCCCCGGAACUGCUUUCACAUGCUGCGGCGUUUGUUAACCUUUUUCUGCUGCUCCAUGAGUCCGUGUGCCUGUGCACGCUUAUGUUAGUGUGUUGGUGUGCUUGUGUGUUUGUUUCUGUGGCGUUGUAAGGUUUUUGCAGCCAUUUAAAAACAAAAAAAGAGAAAAACAACUCAUCCGUUUUAGCUCCUCAGUAAUGAUUUCACUGCUUCUUGAACAGGCAGUGACGGAAAAUGUGGAAAUGCAACACGAACGUGCGGCGACGACAAAAAGCGCCAUGAACCUGUGAAAUCUUUGGCAUUGAAAUCCCUCGUCCUGUUGCCUGUUAGGUAAUCUCCAGUGGAUAAAUGGUCUUAUCCAGCAAUAGCAAUAACUGUCAUGACAUGAUGGUCUCUUUUUCAUGGUGAUUUUAUCAGACUCUUCUGUUCUGUGAGCUCAGUAUUAGCAAAGCAGAGGUCUAGCUGAAGAGCAGCUACGCUGUGGAGGAACAACUUUUUUAAAGCGCUGGUUUGAUCUCAUACGUCUUUACAUGAGGUGAUUUUUCUUUCUUCGAUCUGAAGCAUUAGUGUGUUGUGUUUUUUGUUGAGUGUGAAUGAAUGUAUCUGAGUUACACACAAUAGUGCAUCUUUGAGGAGAGAUGGUGCUAAGCCGGGUUAAAAAAAACAAAAACAAAAAAAAGGAACACUAGACAUUUUCCGCUCCUUCUCCUUCAUGUCGUCUCGGCCUCUUUUGUUUUCAGUUAUUCUACUUUACGAAACCCUUAAAUGUUAUUUUAAAAAUCCAAUCACGCAUUGAUUCAUGGCCUUCGGUUCCCAUAGUUCCUGCAUUGACAGCCCUAAAGAUGAUCAUAUUUCCCCAAUUAAUUGAUAUAAAUUCAGAUUUUGCCUGUAAAUAAUAUUAAAUUAAAAACAUCUAUUUAUUUUUAUUUGUAGAAAUACACUUAUAUAUAUGUAAAAAUUUAUUUUUGAAAAGGAUAAUCCUGCACAAGUAUUUGGAGUCAGAUUGAAUGUUAGCCUUUAAAAAAAAAAAGAAAGAAUCGGUUCCGAUUGAGCGCUUCUUUUCUGGCAUUAUUAGACAUCGAAGAGCUCAAACUCUGAAAAUUUAAGGCGGCAUUAGAGGUACUGUAUUUUCUGCACUAUAGGGCGCAUUAUAAGACAAACUAUAAGACACACUGUCAAUGAAUUGUCUAUUUUUAAAACGAUGUCAUAUAUAUGGCACACUGACCCAUUCACAGUAACUCUAAACCUUAUUUGGGAAACAUUACAUUUUAGCCAUGUUAGCAUCCCUAAAAGCGUUUCCCAUAACUCCCAAACAAGUUUGCAAGAUGUAAAGAAAGCUGAUACCACUUAAACAAACUUUACCGGGACUAUGCUAACUCAAAAAAACACAGUCCGACACCGCUACACGUUAGCAUCGUUUGCGUUUUUACAAUAGCUCCCAACCUUGUUUCCAAGACGUAAAAAAACAGACAGACAAAGAUAAAACAAAAGUUACUGUGACUAUGCCAACUUCUGACCUUGUUAGUAAAGCAUUGAAAAGACAGUCGCACACCGCUACAUGUUAGCCAUGUUAGCCUAUUUAUAGGUACCGCAAAAGGUGUCAACGCACAUGCCGUUUGUGCAUGUUCACUUCAAGAACUAGGUUUCUGCAUUGGAAAAUUUACAGUGGACUUAGCGAACAUUUGUGAGCCCACGGCAGCUUUCUCAUGUCUUUGGUUGGAUAUCACAGCUUCGUUAAAGGUACAAGAUUUGAUUUGAUUUGAUUUGAAAUGAUUUAUUGUAAGCACUCAAAUGAAAAAUAAUGCACAAAACAGUACAAGCAGCAGUUAUCCAUUCAUACAAAGACGUAUCAAACUUAGGAUAAUUAGACAUUAGGUCCCCCAAAACCACUCCAUAAAAACAUUGAGGAAACUUGAUGAAACGUUUGUCGUUGCAGACCCGAGUCCUACACGUCACAUCGUGACGAACAAUGUUAUUGAGCACGGUAAGAAGUGGUCACAGGUUCAAGCCCUUAAUCGAGAAUAGUAAACUGCACUGGGCAGACUCAAAACAUGUAAUAACAGAAAUUUAACUAUCUUCUAAAAAAUAAUACAAAUUGAAUAAAAUCUUGUGACAAAAUGAUGGUGUUUAGAGCACAGAUAGAGACGAUGUGGCAUUGAAAAUGACAAAAAUAACCUUCAUGUAUCUCAGGUUUUCCCAUUGAUUUCUAUCCGUUAAAGAAAGGCAAUCAGCAAGAUAUAAAAUAAUAAUAACUUUCUUAAUUUUAGGGCUGUUUUAUUUAUCUCUGUUCUGACUUGAAAGCUUUAUCAUUUUUGGUCACCAACUUUUAUCUCUGGUGGCUUGUGGUCCCUACUAUUUACAAAAACCUUUACCUCCAAACUACGUUUGCAAGACAUUAAAAAAACAGACUGGUGACUGACUCCUAAACCUGUUAGUAACGCAUAAAAAAAAGCACGAUUAAAAUAAUGCUGAAACUCUUGAAAUAACAGACUGACAUUUCGACAGAGCGGUAGGUACCUCUGCAAAUCGCUUCAACAUCAUUAAACACAACCAAAAUUAACCCAUACGUUAGGCGCUAUGGAUCAUGAAACACGCUGCACAAAAAGAUGGGACUUUUGAGAAUGCCUCAUAAUGCGGAAAAUAUGGUCGGUUUGGAAAGAUUCAUGACUAACUUCUCAUGGACUUCAGAACUUUCCUAAUAUUUCAAUGAGGUUUGUUCCUUCGAGAGAGGAACAGAGGUUAUUUAUUUAUUUAUUUUUGCACAGUUUGACACCUGGUAGAAGAUGAUAAUGCUAAAAAUACAUUUUUUUAACAUUUAUGAUGCAUCUUUAUAAUUAUUUCCCCCGAACAAAACCCAUUUUCUGUUGGAAAACACAGCUGACCCUAAAAGUUCAACCCCCUCCAUCUCUUCUCCAUCAACCAUCUUGCUCCGUGUCUGUGAGGCUACCAAUCAAACCAUGAAGAUCUGUGGAUGUACUGACCUUGUAAAUAAGAAAUCAAUUAAUGUAGAUGAACACACAUAUAUAGAUGAAACUGUCCUGUCAAACGUGCACAAAGCCCUCCUUGACCGACGUGACGCCCAGAGGUGAAAAUGUCUAGUAUGUGAAGACAUUUCAAAGAUUCCAAUCAUUAGUUAAAAAGGAGACUGAAGAAGACUACUUCUUCACGAGACGUCCCUUUGGCAGGACAGUGUGUGAAUAUAUUUUUGUUCUGAAUGUUGUAUCUCUGUUGUCAGUCUCUGAGCGACACUUGCUUCUCUCACUGAAAACAUGGAAUGGCGGGCUUAUUAACCUUUGGGGUGAGCACACAGCGAAGCUUCAAAGCAUUCGGGAUUUACCCUCCUUUCGACUGGAAACCUCUAUCAAAUGUAUGAAGCUGCUGGACUUUUUAAGCUUCACGGAGGGGGAACAAUAAUGUUCAAAUGUGGUUGGUUUUUUAUCCGUUUUAGGAGCCUGAACAUGCGAGAGAACACGUUUUGCCAGAGACAGUCUCAUAAAAAUCUGUUGAUAGAUUUCUGUAAUUUCUAAUCAGAGUAUAAGGAAACCAAAUAUUUCCAUAUCCCCCCAUAUGUUUUUAAAUCUUCCUCACUCCUGUUAUCUGGUCUCCCAUUUUCUUUAUUUUAUUGUGAAUUUGUGCCUUUUGGUCAUCUUCUCUUAUAACACUUCUGUAAAUUGGAGAUGUAAAGAAACAAUAAAACGGAAUAAAGCAACUGAA